AUGGUUAUCGCAACCGACUUUGCAAAGCCUUUGGCGACCAUCCCGGUCCCAGACGGAAAGAAAAAUCUCAAAAAUGCAUCAGCCACGGCUCCCUUGAAGCCUCAGCCAGCGGGUCCCAACAGACUAUUCUCUCAAGAAGGUGCAGUCUUUGGAGAUUUCCGUGAUGAUCUCCUCCGCGAUGGCUACGUCGUAGUCAAGGGCGCUAUUCCCCGCGAGAGAGCAGAUGCCUACGGCGAGGAAAUGAUGUCCUACCUUGAGAACUUCGCCGGCGGUCUCGGCUUCAACCGCAACGACCCCUCCACCGUCAAAGAAUCCAACCUCCCGAUCAUCACCGAAAAGGGAAUGUGCCUAGGCUACGGCGUCGCUCACGAGUCCUUCACCUGGGCCAUCCGCCAAGAACCAGGCCUCGUCGACGCCUUUGAAAAAGUCUACGACACUCCCGACCUCAUCGUCUCCUUUGACGCCGUCAACAUGGCCUUCCCCAACCGGCCCGACGUCAAACCCAACAACCCCUGGCCGCACCAGGACCAGGACCCGGAGAAGCCAGGCUUCCGCUGCCUCCAGGGGCUCGUGAACCUCCUCCCGAACGGGGACCGCGACGGCGGGCUCAUCGUCUGCAAGGGCGCGCACAUGCUCUCGGAGGAGUUCCACGAGGCGUUCCGCGGGGAAGAGGAUAAGAUUUGGGCGUGGACGAAGGAGUGGUAUGGGUUCACCGACAAGGGGAUGCAGUGGCUCAAGGACCGCGGGUGCGAGUGGAUCAAGGUCAACGCGGAACCUGGUGACUUGCUGUUGUGGGAUAGCCGGACGCCGCAUUAUAAUCUCAGCCCGGAAGGCACGUCGCCGCGGUUCUGCGUGUAUACUUGUUACAUGCCGGUCGCCGAGGCCACGCAGGAGGACUUGGUGCGGAAGAAGGGCGCGUUCGAGGAGUUGAAGAGCACGACGCACUGGCCUAAUGCGAUGCACGUUGGCGGCAUUCCGGUGUUGAGGAAUGGGGAGCCGUGUCCGUAUAAUACGGGCAAGCCGAGGAGUGUGCCGAAGCUUUCGGAGAGGGGGUUCAAGUUGACGGGUAUUCCGUAUAUCCAGGGGGUUCCUAUUGAUGCUUUGGGAGAGUGA